GUUGUUAGUAAGUUGCCGUCAAAACCUCUUCUACUUUUUUUUUUUUUUUUUCUUUCUCUCUUUUGCCUCUUGUUCCCUCGAAAUAACACUGGAACUACUCUGCCCGCCGCAGCUCCGGCGUUACUGCCCGCCGCGCCAUCCAUAGUCUGGAAAACGCCGUACGCCCACCUCAGUUGACUAUUGUAAACAACUGCAGCAGUGUUACCAAAAUGCCUCGAAGACCAAGAAGGCAUCAACGACUCAAAUCAUGGCCAAUUACAUUUUCCCCUUUUGGUCGCGCUCUUGCUCGUAUGGGCUCGGUUUCUAAGCCAAAGCGUCAUUCCGAAUCCAUUGAGAACCACACCCCUUCAUCUAGCAAUGGAUUCGUCAAGCACCCUUUGGAUGAGAAACCAGAAGGGUCUGAGUCAUCGGAUGGAGAAUUUGAUGGAGUUGUCCAAGCAGAUUUUGCCUUUUUUGAUCCUAAACCCAACGAUUUCCAUGGAGUGAAGACCUUGCUGCAAACUUACCUGGAUGUUGAAGAAUGGGAUUUGAGUGGCUUUGUAGACUUGAUUUUGGAACAGACCACUGUAGGGACUGUUGUGAAGGUAGAGGAUGAUGAGGACGAAGGAAUUUUCGCUCUUGCUACAGCUCUUAAUUUAUCGAGGUAUAGGGAACAAAAAUGUAUUAUUCAACUCAAGGACCUUUUCCUCGCUAAAGCAUCCCAAGAGAAGGGCGUUGCUGAUCAGUUGAGAGUACUUUUGGGGGAACAAGCACAUAAUGUUGGUCUCCUGGUAUCACAGCGUGUGGUGAACCUUCCUCCCCAGCUUUUACCACCUCUUUAUGAUUCUCUUUUUAACGAAGUGUCAUGGGCCACAGAAGAUGAGCCAACGGAGGAGCUCAGGAAUUCCUUCCGGUUUAAGCAUUAUGUAAUGCUUAGCAAAAUUUACAAGCACAAGAAUCCAGAACAGAAAAGAAAACGGAGCGAUGAUAGUGAGGAGGCAAUAGUAUAUGUUAAGCCCGAGGAUGAAAUUUUUCACAAGUUAAGCUCGUGGUCCUUCUGUUUUCCUUUGCGCACCCAGCAGCCUGCACCUCACGAGAUGAAGAAUUACAGGUCAAUGGGAUUAAUCAUGGCUGUUGAGGCAGACAAAAUUCCAACAUUUCGUCAAGAAUUAGGUUCUUUAAUAAAUGAAAGCUAAAGGCAAUCUUAAGGUGUUUGAGGUGCCAAAUUUUGGGAUGUUUGAAAUUAAUUUUCUGUGGUCUUUUUUGUGCUGCAAUGACAAUUAGCAAGAUAUAUUGAAAGAACCCUUUCCCUGUUGUUAGUUUGUACACUUUUCUUAGUCAACUUGCGGGACACAUAAGAGUUUUUUUCUCCUAUCGAAUGUUUCAUUUAAAUGAUCAGCUCAAUUUUUUUUGACUACUA